AUGGCAGCGGACCAUAGCUUUGACGCGCUCGGGCUUGCGCCGUCCGUGAUGGCUGCGCUACGGAGAGCGGGCUUCGACUCGACCAAGGCCGUCGAAGCUUUUAGCUCGCGCGAGCUCGCCAACGUGGCCAAGAUUUCCUUUCAAGAGGCGUCGUUCGUGCUCACAGCCAUCAAGGGCCCACGCGGUGCGACCCUCGGGCUCUCGGCCUUUGACGUCUUGGCGCAACUCGACGCCUACCCACCGAUACGAACGUUUGUGCCAGGGCUCGACGAUGUGCUCGGCGGCGGCAUCCCCAUCGGCGAAAUCACCGAAAUCUGUGGUACACCGGGUGUCGGGAAGACGCAGCUCGCUAUCCAGAUUGCUCUUGGCGCGCAGUGCCCCGCCGCCGACGGGUCGCGCUUCCAGAGCAUCUACAUUGACUCGGAAGGUAGCUUUAUGAUCCAUCGCGCAGCGGCCAUGGCGGCAUGCCUUGCCGACGAUGUGCCCGAGUUGCAGCCACUGGACCGCGAUGGCCUGCUUCGGGGCUUGACGUACUACCGCGUCCACGACUUCCAAGAGCAGUACGAAGUCCUCGCGUCGCUUGUCAACGUCCUGGCGACCACGCCAUCAAUCCGCGUGGUCCUUGUCGACAGCAUUGCAUUUCACUGUCGGCACGGCUUUGACGAUAUGACGGGGCGAGCGCGAAUGCUGCACAACAUGUCCCUCGUGCUCCGGAAGCUCGUGCAGGACUUUCCGGUUGCUGUGGUCUUGAUCAACCAUGUGACAACGUCGCUUCACCACGGAUCCGACAUCGACGGCUCCAACAUCGUGCCGGCGCUCGGAGAGUCGUGGUCGUUUUCGAUUACGAAUCGCAUCAUGCUACGCUGGGAGCACCAAGUGCGGGUCGCGCAGGUCGUAAAGUCGACGUCGCUCGCGCAAGCCAGUGUGCGCUUUGACGGUACGAUCUGGUUUGCCUGA